CGGUCUGGAGUAGGCGUACUCGCAUAGGACCAUCGUGCACACGUUCACUUUCACUCGACCAAAAACACCGUACGGCAGCCGUUCAGUUGACCGCGUGCCUCGCCCGACGAUCGGACCUAGGCCUCUGUGUGUGUUUCGCCAAGGUACCUCUCCUCACGAUGAACUAAUGGAAAUAAUACUAGCAUGAACAUGAACGAACCAUGGCCGGGAAUAAGAUGGCGCGUUAUCAAAUACUAUUCUACGUUCUAAUUAAUUCUAUUGCUAUAGGUGAAGUUACAUGCCAAGGAAAAACCGAACCCGAGAAACUCCAAAUACCACUGACUGCUGUUGGAUUAGCCCAGCUUAUACCUGCUCGGCAAACCAAUGCAAACUCGAUAGGCGCGGGUGGUCCGACGAAACAGCAACCAAUAAAACCACCCACCUCGGUGAAAGAGCUGUACAACUCUUCAUCGUGCAUUGAACCCCCGUUCUCAUGUCCUCAUCCGAAGAUUCAAUUCUUUUUGUACACUAGACUGACACAGAAAACGCCUGAUUUACUAGAUGUAACCGAUCCGGAGUCAUUGUAUUCAUCACAUUUCAACCCUAAGUACCCGGUAAAAAUCAUAAUUCAUGGCUUCCAAGGCGGCAGAAACCUGUCUCCAAGUACUGAUCUUCGGAACGCGUAUUUCACCAGAGGCAACUACAAUAUAAUAAUCGUAGACUACUCGACCUUAGCACAAAUACCGUGUCUGAACCAAGUGGAAUGGGCACCGAGGUUCUGUGGCAUGUGCAUCGCUCAAUUGGCAAAUUACUUGGCCGCUCACCCUCGAGGAGUUCCUCCGGAUAAACUGCAUUUGAUGGGAUACAGCGUUGGAGCUCAUAUUGCCGGGUUGACGUCGAACUUCAUAGAGAACGGCAAAAUCGGCCGGAUCACUGGUCUGGAUCCGACCAUAAUAUUUUACAUGGGCAACAACCGGUCAAGAGAUCUAGAUCCAUCCGAUGCCCACUUUGUCGACAUUAUUCACACGGCGGCCGGUGUAUUAGGCCAAUGGGGUCCAAGUGGUCACGCUGAUUUUUAUGUAAACGGUGGUACGUCGCAGCCAGGUUGUGCCAGCGACAGCAUAAUACAAACGUUGUCAUGUGACCAUACCAAAGUGACGCCUUACUUCAUUGAGUCGAUCAACAGUAAUAUCGGAUUUUGGGCAUUGCCUUGUUCGAAUCGAUUUUACUUCAACCUAGGUCUUUGCGAUCCACCAGAGUCCGAUUAUGUAUUGAUGGGUGAGCACGUGACGCAUAAAGCACGAGGUAUUUAUUAUUUAAGCACAAACGCCAAAAAACCGUAUGCAAAAGGGUUCCCAAAACAGAGAGCUGCGCGUGCUGCUAAUCUCAUUUUUGGAUGAUGUGCAAUAUUGUUAUUGUGUACUAUAAUAUAGACCUAGUCAAUAGACAAUAAUCAUGUUAUAAAAAAAAAAAUACUUUUAAUUGUGAUACCUACCUUUUAUAUUGUUGUGCUGUGUGAACCGAUCCCGUUGGCUGUUUUUGAUCAACACAUAUUUUCAAAACUAGUUGAUAAAAGAGCACUAAAACUGUACAUUAUUAGAACGAUUGGGUUGGAAACGAUAAUCAAAUAAAAACCUUUCUCGGUUUAGUUUUAACCUUGUAAUUAGUGUAAAUUUUAGUGUUUUAGCUGUUUUGUACAUUUAUAUUAUGGUAUUUUUUUUUUUUUUUGUAAGUGCCGUUCUAAACGAUUUACUUGAAAUCUGUGUACAAUAAUUACUGAAAAACAUUAUUAUGCAUAAUAUAUGCCAUUUAUACCAUAGAGUAAUAAUGUAAAGAGAUGAACUAACAUCUACUAGCUAUUGUGUGUAAACAGAAGGACUAAAACCAGUGUGACCACACAAAAGAAAAAAAAAGUCUCCAUUGUCGAGCGUUGUUGUGGUACUCUACAUUAUGAUGAAAAUAAGUUUUUACCACUUUACUUGAAAUAUUGUUGUUUUUUUCAAGAUACUGACGUCAUUCAUAUCUUAUCACCGUGGUAUAUUAAACAGUAAUCUAUUUUCCUACUAACUAGGCAGACUGACUUUAGCCCUUCUGUUUGCGUCACAUUAAAACCACCAUAGCCACUCCCUGACGUACACCUACCAUUUGCAUAUAAUGUACAUACUAUAAUAUUAUUUAUGUUAUCCACUAGAAUAUAUUUUUUAAUAAAAAAAAAUAUAUCACUUAAUGUAUAUAAUAAUUUUAUGUUUUUUCUUGAAUUUCGUGUCGUUAUUCCUAAUUAGCAAUAACUGUCGAACCUAUUGACU